ACGACCAUUUAAAGCGAUAGCAAUCCCUGCCCUCUCCCCAGUGCUGGGCUGUUGGAGAGAGCGAGCAGCAAGCCGGUGAGCGCGAGCGCGGCGCGCCAGCCGGCUAACCCGAGAGCGCAGGGCGCCCCAGGCUGGCAGGCGCCGCGGGACCCCUCACCCUCUCUGGUCGCCUCUCCCCGGAUUCCCCCACCCUCCGUGCCUGCAGGAGCCCCUGGGCUUUCCUGGAGGAGCUCGCCCUGAGGGGCCCGGAUCUCGGCGAGCCCACCACCGUUCCCUCCAGCGCCGCCGCCGCCACCGCAGCAGCCGGAGCAGCAUGGUCCAGCUGAGGAAGCUGCUCCGCGUCCUGACUUUGAUGAAGUUCCUCUGCUGCGUGCUGGAGGUGCUCCUGUGCGCGCUGGCGGCGGCGGCGCGCGGCCAGGAGAUGUACGCCCCGCACUCAAUCCGGAUCGAGGGGGACGUCACCCUCGGGGGGCUGUUCCCCGUGCACGCCAAGGGUCCCAGCGGAGUGCCCUGCGGCGACAUCAAGAGGGAAAACGGGAUCCACAGGCUGGAAGCGAUGCUCUACGCCCUGGACCAGAUCAACAGUGAUCCCAACCUACUGCCCAACGUGACGCUGGGCGCGCGGAUCCUGGACACUUGUUCCAGGGACACUUACGCGCUCGAACAGUCGCUUACUUUCGUCCAGGCGCUCAUCCAGAAGGACACCUCCGACGUGCGCUGCACCAACGGCGAACCGCCGGUUUUCGUCAAGCCGGAGAAAGUAGUUGGAGUGAUUGGGGCUUCGGGGAGUUCGGUCUCCAUCAUGGUAGCCAACAUCCUGAGGCUCUUCCAGAUCCCCCAGAUUAGUUAUGCGUCAACGGCACCCGAGCUAAGUGAUGACCGGCGCUAUGACUUCUUCUCUCGCGUGGUGCCACCCGAUUCCUUCCAAGCCCAGGCCAUGGUAGACAUUGUAAAGGCCCUAGGCUGGAAUUAUGUGUCUACUCUCGCAUCGGAAGGAAGUUAUGGAGAGAAAGGUGUGGAGUCCUUCACGCAGAUUUCCAAAGAGGCAGGUGGACUCUGCAUUGCCCAGUCCGUGAGAAUCCCCCAGGAACGCAAAGACAGGACCAUUGACUUUGAUAGAAUUAUCAAACAGCUCCUGGACACCCCCAACUCCAGGGCCAUCGUGAUUUUUGCCAACGACGAGGAUAUAAAGCAGAUCCUUGCAGCAGCCAAAAGAGCUGACCAAGUUGGCCAUUUUCUUUGGGUGGGAUCAGACAGCUGGGGAUCCAAAAUAAACCCACUGCACCAGCAUGAAGAUAUCGCAGAAGGGGCCAUCACCAUUCAGCCCAAACGAGCCACAGUGGAAGGAUUUGAUGCCUACUUUACGUCCCGUACACUUGAAAACAAUAGAAGAAAUGUAUGGUUUGCCGAAUACUGGGAGGAAAACUUCAACUGCAAGUUGACAAUUAGUGGGUCAAAAAAAGAAGACACAGAUCGCAAAUGCACAGGACAGGAGAGAAUUGGAAAAGAUUCCAACUAUGAGCAGGAGGGUAAAGUCCAGUUUGUGAUUGAUGCAGUCUAUGCUAUGGCUCAUGCCCUUCACCACAUGAACAAGGAUCUCUGUGCUGACUACCGGGGUGUCUGCCCAGAGAUGGAGCAAGCUGGAGGCAAGAAGUUGCUGAAGUAUAUCCGCAAUGUUAACUUCAAUGGUAGUGCUGGCACUCCAGUGAUGUUUAACAAGAACGGGGAUGCACCUGGGCGUUAUGACAUCUUUCAGUACCAGACCACAAACACCAGCAACCCGGGUUACCGUCUGAUCGGGCAGUGGACAGACGAACUUCAGCUCAAUAUAGAAGACAUGCAGUGGGGUAAAGGAGUCCGAGAGAUACCCCCCUCAGUGUGCACACUACCAUGUAAGCCAGGACAGAGAAAGAAGACACAGAAAGGAACUCCUUGCUGUUGGACCUGUGAGCCUUGCGAUGGUUACCAGUACCAGUUUGAUGAGAUGACAUGCCAGCAUUGCCCCUAUGACCAGAGGCCCAAUGAAAAUCGAACCGGGUGCCAGGAUAUUCCCAUCAUCAAACUGGAGUGGCACUCCCCCUGGGCUGUGAUUCCUGUCUUCCUGGCAAUGUUGGGGAUCAUUGCCACCAUCUUUGUCAUGGCCACUUUCAUCCGCUACAAUGACACGCCCAUUGUCCGGGCUUCUGGGCGGGAACUCAGCUAUGUUCUUUUGACGGGCAUCUUUCUUUGCUACAUCAUCACUUUCCUGAUGAUUGCCAAACCAGAUGUGGCAGUGUGUUCUUUCCGGCGUGUUUUCUUGGGCUUGGGUAUGUGCAUCAGUUAUGCAGCCCUCUUGACGAAAACAAAUCGGAUUUAUCGCAUAUUUGAGCAGGGCAAGAAAUCAGUAACAGCUCCCAGACUCAUAAGCCCAACAUCACAACUGGCAAUCACUUCCAGUUUAAUAUCAGUUCAGCUUCUAGGGGUUUUCAUUUGGUUUGGUGUUGAUCCACCCAACAUCAUCAUAGACUAUGAUGAACAUAAGACAAUGAACCCUGAGCAAGCCAGAGGAGUUCUCAAGUGUGACAUUACAGAUCUCCAAAUCAUUUGCUCCUUGGGAUAUAGCAUUCUUCUCAUGGUCACAUGUACUGUGUAUGCCAUCAAGACUCGGGGUGUACCAGAGAAUUUUAAUGAAGCCAAGCCCAUUGGAUUCACUAUGUACACGACAUGUAUAGUAUGGCUUGCCUUCAUUCCAAUUUUUUUUGGCACCGCUCAAUCAGCGGAAAAGCUCUACAUACAAACUACCACGCUUACAAUCUCCAUGAACCUAAGUGCAUCAGUGGCGCUGGGGAUGCUAUACAUGCCGAAAGUGUACAUCAUCAUUUUCCACCCUGAACUCAAUGUCCAGAAAAGGAAGCGAAGCUUCAAGGCGGUAGUCACAGCAGCCACCAUGUCAUCGAGGCUGUCACACAAACCCAGUGACAGACCCAACGGUGAGGCAAAGACAGAGCUCUGUGAAAACGUAGACCCAAACACUCUGCUCCAUCAUUGCAGUUUGCCAUCUGGUGCAUGCAUGCUUCUACUCAUCCAACUCCACAUUGCAACUACAUGUCUACAUAAAAAUGAAUUUGCUUGCUGACUUAAUAUGGGAAGACAUUUAUACUACCAUAUUUUUUCCUCAAGAAAUACAAUUAUCCUCUUAGUUUGCUUCCUUAGCUAACAGUCCAUUGUAUGAAAGAAAAACUCCAUUACGUGUGGAAUAAACAAAAAGUAAAUCUCAAAAUUUCAAUUUAUCUGUGCACUGCUGGCAUAUUAGAUAUUCAGAGUUGGGCCAAUGCUUGCUGGUCUCUGCACUUAGAUUGAAAAAUAGCAAGCUCAGAGGGCAUAGGGCUGUAGCUCAGCUACUUACUAAAUUUUAUUUAUGCAAAUAAGACUUCCAUUGCUAAAAGUUUAAAAGAACCUGGCCUCAUUUGGAUAGCUUUAUAUCUGGCCAUGAUGAUGCCUUCUCACAUUCCUGUCUAAGAAGAAGGGCACCUCAAACUGUUUCUCCCACCCACAUCCUGAAUUUGGCAUGUUUCCCUGCACUUUCUACAGUUCACUUGGCAGAUGUAUGUUCAUGGCAAACUUGUAGAUGCCAGAUAAACAAGAUGCCAUGGUUGUGCUUGGGCCAUGGCUUAUUGAUGGCCACAACGAUCCUUUUCAAGUUGGAUGGAUAAUAUUAACUAAGAGGCAGCAUGGCUUUAUUGAGAUGGGUGGAUAAGAACUGCAGCCUUCUUCACCUGGACUGGUAUCAACCAGAAGAUGUUCUGUAAAUUGUCUUUGGCUCUCAUGCUUUCUUUGGUAAAAGAUCACAGUGAAGAGAGGCCUGGCCCUAAGCUACCUUUCUCUUAAGCUACCAUCCAUUUUCUAAGCUAAUGCUCUGCAAGCCGUGCAGAGAAAUACUUCAAGGACCUUAGCUAGAUACAGAGAGUUUACUCUGGCAGGUCAGCAGCAACUAGAGAUGGCAGGCGGGUGGACAGCGAGGGACACACCCUUUUCUUGGAUGUGGAGAUGUAUGACUGAUGAACUCACUCUGGGAUAGAGACUGGACAUAGACUACCUAAAAGACUGGUUUAAGCCAAUUAACACGUUGUAUGAUGAAGCACAUGUUAGAAGAAUAACAGUUUGUACCUAAAAUACAAAAUAAGAUAUGGAAUUGUAUUCUGAUGGUGUUUUUCUUGUGCUACCAUAUUUGCAUCUACAAUAAGGAAAAUACAUAAAUAACAAUUUGUGCUGUUCUCAACAAAAUAAAUUUGUUACAUAAACUAGGACUGUCAAUAUAAGGAGGUAUGUUAUUUAAAAAAAAAAAAGAAAAAGAAUUCAGACUGUUGGAAAAUGGAUGUGGGCACCAAAACUACACAAAUAAUGGUGCCUAGAAAAUUCUAGAACAUACUUCUGUGCUGUGUUAAUUUGUUAUGGUUCUUGUUUUGUUUUGCUUCUCCAUUUGUUUGGAUCCCUAACAUUCUCAACAUUAUGUUACUUGUUUCAUCCUCUUGGACUAACCGCACAGGCUGGACAGCAUGACUGGACUAGGCUGAGAAAAAAGAGCUGGCAAGAAGAAGAAAAUAAUGCUCUGAGCAGAUAGAUAAAUUAUGUUUGGGCUGGUUCCCUCAGCUGUUCCAACUCAAGCAAGUAAAACCCAACUCCCUUAACUCAAGAGGCACCAGUACUCCCAUGUUCAGAGGUACCUGAAUUGAGGUGAC